CGUUGCAGGCCACUUAAGCAGAUAGUGAUUAUGAUUCUAAUUCACAGCACAGCAGUCACGUUUUUCUCUGCAGGAGGCUCUUCAGCCAUGUUCACGAAGCUGACUGCAGUCAUGUUAAUGGUGUCCCAGCUAUCUGCCUCAGAUCUAGCUCCCACUAGUUCACCUAAACCCCCUGAUUGUUAUGGACUCCCGGGGCCUCCUGGUCCUCCUGGUCCUCCUGGUCCUCCUGGUCCAACUGGUAGGCCUGGAUUACCUGGUUUUCCUGGCAUAGAUGGUUAUGGACCAGUCCAGUAUUGGGGCCCUUACUGUAAAGGAAGCAUCAGAUCCAACUCCGAGCUCACAGUGUCUGUGACCAACAAAACACUUACAGAGGGACAAAAUGCCACUUUGGAAUGCACGUCUGCUUGCCCCUUGCAUCAGAAGACCAACUUUGUCUGGUACAAGAACUCCCAUCCUCUGUCUAAGAAGAACACCACCAUCAUCAACAACAACACGCUGUACCUGGACCCAGUCGGUAGUGAUGAUGCAGGUAGCUACUCCUGUGGUGUGGAGGGCUACGAGGACGACCUCUCCCCAGCAGUGACUGUCAGUGUCAGAUAUGCACCGAAGGCUGUCUUUAUCUCCGUCAGCCCCUCUGGUGAAAUAAUGGAGGGCAGCUCUGUGACUCUGACCUGCAACAGUGAUGCCCACCCACAGGUGCAGAACUACUCCUGGUAUAAGACUGCGACUGAUCCUGCACCAGUAGGAUCAGGCAAAAAUUACACAUUCCCUGACAUCACCUCAAAGGAUGCGGGUCUAUACUACUGUGCUGCAACCAAUGAACUUGGUGAAGAAACCUCCAGCAUGAUGGCCAUAGAAGUUACCGGCAGAAUGUGGCUGAUCCUGGUUGCUGUGGGGGGGCUGCUGGGGACCCUGGCUGCUGUCUUUCUGAUUGCCCUCAUCAUUGCCUACAAAGUGAAGAGAUGGCCUUUUCAAGCUGCGGUAGAGAGAAAGGUAAUGUAUGCCUCUUCCAGGCCUAAAUUGAUACACAACUACUACUUGCAUCACCUGAACAGGUUGGUUUUAUUUCAACAUUUGAACCAAAUGUUUUUUGGCCAGAGUGACUCGCAUGUGAGUGCAUGCAUGUGUGGCAACAGGACCAGUGUCAUAAUGAAAACAAUGAGUAAAGAAAUCCAUCCUGAAAUGAAAAUUGAGCUUUUUGAUAACAAACACCUGUGCAAAAGUAAAAGCACUGAUGAAGCACUCAUGAAUAUAUUCAGUGUCUGCUCCUACUUGUUUAGGGGUCCCAACCUGAUGAUAAAGAUGCCACAUACACAGCCUUAGAUCCCAAGGCCUCAAGCUCAUCAGAGUAUGAAACUCUCAAUAAAGUGAGGAACCCACGCCAAGCAAAUGAAAGCCAGUGAAUUCUCCUGUGCACGUUCAGCCUUCUGCACUAUCCUGAUGAGGAUGAAAUACUAUGAGGAGGGCAGCUACUGUAUAAGUCAUGCAUUACAAUGUAGUCUAUUGGAACAUUAGUUCAAACAUUUUGUCAAAAUGUUAUACAAGUUUGCACUUUUAGAUUAAAGGUAAAAGUCUAUAUUUUUUAUACUGGGCCCUAUGCUGUUUCUACAGUCAGUGAAUUAUUAGAAGGGAACCGUAAAUCACUGACUAUUUAUUUUCUAUAGGUGUUGCAUUAACACAGUUCAUGCAUUUCAACACUUUGCCCAUGCAUUUCAGCUGGUUAAAUGUAACCAAUGGACUGAUUUCAUUGUUUUAUUAUGAAUUAUUUGUUUAUUAUGUCUUGAUG